CACACGCAUUCUGCCUACGCCCGACUGGAAUGUAAGGCUGACAUGCUUUUGCAGGCAUCUUCUGGCCGAGAUGGCUCGAUUAUUUUCCUCUUGGUACAUCUCCGCGUGAAGAAUAUUCUUGCUAUUGUCGCCAUCCAUAGAUCCAGCUACCAUGAGCACCGAGACACCAAAGCCGCCGCCACAUAGCGACGAUGCCGACGACGAUAGCGACGUGAUAGGCUUCGCCGAUGCACCAUACCCGCGCGAAGAGCCUAUUCGCAAUGCCACCAUCACCAACGUUGCAGACCCUACUCCUCGUCGUGCUUCGAUCCCCCAGAACGAGAACGAGAACGAGAACGUCGUAACAAUCCCCGCUCCUCCAGAGCAGAACGAUCCGCCUGCGAAUAUACAGCUCAAAGGCUGGCGGAAGGACGUUGAAUCUAUUUGCUGGAUCGUGGUAUUCUUCACGCCGUGGACCAUUAGUCUGAUACUAUCAUGGAUGCCCAUCACGAAGAUUAGCCUGCACGAGGCCACCACUGAAGUCAUGAUAAGCAUCAUCGCGAGCACCGUCGAGAUUGGCAGCAUGAUCCUCCUACCAAUUGUUCACGCCACUUCAGAGACCGACUCCCCAUGCUUCCACCCCAGCGCACGAACCAGGGAAAUCGGCAAGAAAAUAUUUAAUAUAUGGAUCUACUUUCUCAUUUUGGAUCCGAUAAUUACAGGCAGUUGUGUUUGGGCUGCAGUGGAUUCAUCUCCCUGCAAAAGCGGUUCUGGAAGCGCCCAGUGCCGGGUCGGCGAUGGCCUCAUCCGAGCAAUUGGGGUGUACAGAGUCUUCGGAAUACUUGGAGUAUUGAUGCUUUGUGCGUGCAUCUCCAGCUCCAUAGCAAAGAGGUUACGCAAACAACAGCAGCGCGUGGAUAGUGUAGCGUGAGUGAGUAGACAUAUUUAUAAUAGUAUCGUUCAAUGGAAUAGAAUAGAUAUGCCGAAAUAAAAUAACAAGACCAUCAUUGACC